AUGGCAACUGCAUCGAUGGCUUUUAAGUCCAGGGAGGAUCAUCGGAAACAGUUAGAAUUAGAAGAAGCUCGUAAAGCUGGUCUUGCACCCGCUGAGGUUGAUGAAGAUGGAAAAGAAAUCAAUCCUCAUAUUUCGCAGUAUAUGUCAUCUGCACCUUGGUAUCUCAAUGCUGAGAGACCGAGUUUGAAACAUCAAAGGAAAUGGAAACAAGAUCCGAAUUACACCGAUAAAUGGUAUGAAAGGGGUGCAAAGAUAUUUCAGGCCGACAAGUACAGGAAAGGCGCUUGCCAAAAUUGUGGGGCUAUGACACAUGAUGCCAAGUCAUGCAUGGAAAGGCCUCGGAAGAAGGGAGCAAUACAUACAAACAUGUACAUUGCGCCUGAUGAAAAGAUUGAAACAUUUGAAUUGGAUUAUGAUGGCAUCAAGAAAGACGAUAUGGAGGAACAAAAGCAUUUUCAAGAACAAAAUUACAUGUUUGCUUAUCUCAACAAGAGGCUGGAAGAUGAAGUUAAGAAAAUCCAAACCCUCCACAGGUAUAAGAGCAAUAUGGGGAACUGUUGGACAGGGUCAAGACCCUAUGCUUGA